UGUCAACUGUCGGUCUAUAUAAAUACAGAGUACUCAGAUGUUAAUCCCAAUCACUUCUGCUUUUGUUGAUCUCAUAACCAUCCAUCUCUUUCUAAUGGCAUUCAUAGCCAACAUAAAAACCAGUUCAUUUCUUGUCUUAAUCUGUUUUUUAACCUUCUCUUUGCAUACAACAACAACAGAAGCAUGCCACAAAACUGAUAAAGCAGCUCUACUUGAUUUCAAGAGUAAGAUCACACUAGAUCCUGCUGAGCUGUUAAAAACGUGGAAUAAAUCCACUGAUUGUUGUACCAAAUGGGAAGGUGUCGCUUGUGGUUCCAACGGUCGCGUCGUAAAUCUUUCACGCUCUGGUAUAUUUUCUCCAAUUCUGGACGAUUUUGCGUUCAUGGCAGGAACUAUUUCUCCUUCAUUGGGUAGACUCACGUUUCUCCGCUUGUUAGACUUUAAUAACCUCAAGAGCUUAACAGGAACGAUCCCUACGGAGCUCGGGAAGUUGUCACACCUUACUACUCUAUUCCUCAAUUCCAACCAACUCAAGGGUUCAAUUCCUGCAUCAUUCCAAAAUCUUCGCAAACUCAACAGGUUGUUUCUCAAUGAUAAUCUUCUAUCUGGUACCGUUCCCACAAACAUCUUUCGACAUAUGUCUUCUCUUACCGAGCUUGAUUUUUCCGAAAAUCAGUUAUCUGGUGGGAUUCCAUCGUCAAUUGAUAAACUAGUCUCGUUGAAGAGGCUUGAACUCCAUCAUAACAACUUCUCAGGUAGUAUACCAAGUACAAUCGGUAAUCUUAAGAACUUGGCUUAUUUAAUCUUAUCUAACAACCAGAUUUCUGGAAGCCUUCCAAGUUCAAUGUCGAAGCUAGUUCUUCUCAAUAGUUGUUAUUUACAAGAUAACAAACUUACAGGCAGUAUACCGGCAUUGAUCGGUGGCUCUGCGCUCCAGUUUUUGGUACUUGAUAACAACAUGUUAACAGGCAGAUUACCUAAAAGUUUUGGUAGUCUAACAAAUCUUCUUGGUUUGUUUGUGAGGAACAACCGUCUUAAGGGUAAAAUUCCCUCAAGUUUUAGCAAUCUAAGGAAUCUUCAAUAUCUUGGUCUCUCUAGAAAUGGUUUGUCAGGUCCAAUUCCUUCUGAACUAGUUAAGUUAAAUGCGACAUUAAAAACCUUAGAUUUGUCAUUCAACCCAUUGAGUCUAGUGAACAUACCGAUUUGGAUCUCAAAAAUGACACUUCUGCAACUACAUUUAGCUCGAACAGGGUUAAUUGGUGAACUCCCGGAAUGGUUGUCCGAUUUAUCUUCCGACGACUUAUCUGCAAAUAGUUUCUUGAAUUCUCUUGAUUUAUCGAGUAACAUGUUAUCCGGAGUAUUGCCGGCCUGGAUAGGAAAAAUGGCUUCUUUAUCUUCCCUCAAUUUAUCUAACAACGGUUUCCAUUCAGCUAUACCAGUCGAGAUCAUGAAUCUUUCAAUCUUACGGAUACUUGAUCUUCACUUGAACAAUUUCACAGGGGGAUUACGCCCGAUUUUUGGAGAUGGCUUGUCUCUGUCUUGGUACAGUUAUAUCGAUCUUUCUUACAAUAUGUUUGUUGGUCGCAUAGAUAAUUUUGCAAACCUAGGGAACAUGGAAUCACUUGAAACAUUAGUUCUAUCUAACAAUCGUUUAGGGGGAUCGAUACCAGAAUCUCUUGGGAAAUUGAGACAACUUAGAACUCUAAAGGUUGCAAAGAAUGGGUUUGCGGGUAGUAUACCUUCAGGGGUGAUAAACUUGGUGAGCCUCCGAGAAUUUGAUGUGUCCUACAACAAGUUGACUGGGAAAAUUCCUUCUCAUACCACACCAUUUCCAUCUUCUUCUUUCAAGGGCAACUCUGGCCUCUGUGACUCCCCACUUCCUCCUUGUGAAACUGCUUAGUAAACUUGUUGUAUCUUUCUGAUUGCUAUGUUUGUUU